AGCGCCCGACUUCAAUGUUAAGUGAAUCACUUUUGGCUUGUCAGUCUGUGGGGAAACAAGCAAACGCAGAAAAUAAUAAGAAGCAUGAGGUGUUUCGCUCUCGUUCUCACCUUGGUCAUUCUGUCAGUGGACAGGAGUGACCAGAAAGACAUUCUGCGCUUCCAAGCCGAGGAAAAGCCCCGGGAGGUUGAGACUCUCUUUGACUUAUUGACGGGCAGAAUGGGACUGAUGGGCCGCUCCUCCCGUGUCGGCGCCUUCAAGUACACCAACUGUGGAGACCCAAACACAGACCUGGCCAACCUGAAAGACCUGACCCUCAGCCCUGACCCUCUCACCUUCCCUGGCCCGCUCAAUGUUCAAUUCGACGCCGACAUCAAGAGCACAGUAGACGCUCCACUCAAG